AUGCGCGCCUCUUCCGCCGUUCACUCGGGCAUGCCCACGGGCAACAAGUACAUGGGAUGGUGGGGCGACAUGGGAGGACCCACGCAGAAGGGUAUCUCGCAAUACGUCGUCUCGCCGUUCCGCCAGGCUCCCAUGCGUGGCGCCUUCAGCCACUACCUCCACAACGGAGUCCGCCGCCUCGGCCAGCAGGCCGUCUACUUCGUCGUCCCCUUCGCUGCCGCCUACGGCAUUCUCCAGUGGGCGAUCAAGGACAACCACCUCCGUAACUCGAAGCACGGCCAGGCCCAGGGUCUCUUCCCGUAA